CCUCCCGCCAGCCCCAGGCUCCCCGGGCCCGCGCCGCGCGCUCUUUCUCCAACAGCGGCGGGGGAGCCCAGCGCACCGCGUUCUGCUCCGUCUGUCUCUGCGGGUCGCUUCGCCAUGACCACCCAGCAGAUAGUCCUUCAGGGCCCGGGACCGUGGGGCUUCCGCCUCGUGGGGGGCAAGGACUUCGAGCAACCCCUGGCCAUUUCCCGGGUCACUCCCGGAAGCAAGGCUGCGAUAGCUAACUUAUGCAUCGGAGAUGUGAUCACAGCCAUCGAUGGGGAAAAUACCAGCAGCAUGACACACUUGGAAGCUCAGAACAAAAUCAAGGGCUGCACAGACAACAUGACUCUCACAGUCACCAGAUCAGAACAAAAGAUCUGGUCCCCGCUGGUGACCGAGGAAGGGAAGCGUCAUCCGUACAAGAUGAAUUUAGCCUCUGAACCCCAAGAGGUACUGCACAUAGGGAGUGCCCACAACCGGAGUGCCAUGCCCUUCACUGCCUCACCGGCCUCCAGCUCUGCUCCCAGGGUCAUCACAAACCAGUACAACAACCCGGCUGGCCUCUAUUCCUCUGAAAACAUAACCAACUUCAACAAUGCCUUGGAGUCCAAGACAGCAGCGGGCGGGCAGGAGACGAACGGGAGAGCCUUAGACCAUUCUCAGCUUCCAAGCGGACUCGUCAUCGACAAAGAAUCUGAAGUUUACAAGAUGCUUCAAGAGAAACAGGAGCUAAAUGAGCCCCCCAAGCAGUCCACUUCAUUCCUGGUUUUGCAGGAAAUCCUAGAGUCUGAGGAGAAAGGGGAUCCCAGCAAGCCCUCAGGUUUCAGAAGCGUCAAGGCACCAGUCACCAAAGUGGCAGCGUCGAUUGGAAAUGCCCAGAAGUUGCCCAUGUGUGACAAAUGUGGCACCGGUAUUGUCGGCGUGUUCGUGAAGCUGCGAGACCGCCACCGUCACCCUGAGUGUUACGUGUGCGCUGACUGUGGCACCAACCUGAAACAGAAGGGCCACUUCUUCGUGGAGGACCAAAUCUACUGUGAAAAGCACGCCCGGGAGCGAGUCACACCCCCUGAGGGCUACGACGUGGUCACUGUGUUCCCCAAGUGACCCAGCAGGUCUCCUCCUCUCUGUGCUCUGGCCCUCUCCUCUCCUGAAGGUUCCCGCUGACUCUGGUUUUUAUCCCUGCUCUUUAAACACCACGUCUCCCCGCCUCUGCUAACUGACUCACUGGCUGCACGACGCCCGCUUUUACAUUAACGGAGGAUUGUUUCGUUCCGUGUCCCCUUGCCAGCGUCCCCGGGUCUUCUCUUUACCUCCGUUCGUCUCUGCUGCAGUUGGACAUCAGCCACAUUGGAACCAAGCCGAAUUGGAUAUUUCUGACACUGAGUUCAUGUCUACUCAAUAAAUUUAUAGACUCCAA